CCAAAAAAGAAAUAAAAAAUGGGGGGAGUUUUGGUUAUGAAAUUGGUUUUGAUAUGCUCAUUAGUUUUAAAUUCUAUGUCCAUUUUCUGUUGUAGCUCCAUGCAAUUGAACCAUCCGAGACUCCAAGGGAAUGAGACGGAUAGGCUGGCAUUGCUAGCAAUGAAAGCUCAAAUACAACACGAUCCGAACCGGGUCACAAGCUCAUGGAAUGAAACCCUUCACUUUUGCCUGUGGCACGGCGUCACCUGCAGUCGACGACAUCACCAAAGGGUGACGAAGCUGGAGCUGGGCUCUCAAGCUUUGGGGGGAUCCAUAUCUCCACACAUAGGAAAUCUAAGCUUCUUAAGAGUGCUACAUCUCCUGAACAAUAGCUUCACUCAUCAAAUCCCUCCUCAAAUUGGGCAUUUGCAUAGACUGCAGGUAUUGCUUCUACACAAUAACUCAUUUACUGGCACCAUCCCUGCCAAUAUAUCCAAUUGCUUCAAACUCAUCACUCUCCGUCUUGAUAGAAACAAUCUAGUGGGUCAAAUUCCUCCCCACCUCAGUUCCUUGUCAAAGCUUCAGACUUUUGUUUUGGAAUUCAACAAUUUAACAGGAGAGAUCCCUCCUUCUUUGGGGAACCUUUCGUCUCUUGAGAUAUUUGCUCUUAAUGCUAAUAACUUAGAAGGAAACAUUCCUAGUUCUCUAUGCCAGUUGAAAAGAUUAACAGGUAUCUAUUUCGGAUCAAAUAGGUUAUCUGGUAUCAUCCCUUCCUGCAUUUACAACCUCUCUGGCAUAGUUACUUUCGCUGUAGGAGGAAACCAAAUUCAAGGAAGUCUUCCAUCAAACUUGAGCAAUGCUUUUCCCAACCUUCAAAUGUUUUCCGUUGCCGACAAUCAAUUUACUGGGGCCAUUCCUUCCUCAAUAUCCAAGGCAACAAAUCUUGUGGUGUUUCAAUGUUCGUCAAACAAACUCUCUGGACAGGUGCCAAAUUUACGAAAUCUUCAUAACCUUAUGUGGUUCGUUGUCAUUGGUAAUAAUCUUGGAAGCAGUAAAGAUGGUGACUUGAGUUUUGUUUCAGAAUUGAUCAAUGCCACACGACUAACUCGGUUGGGGUUCAGCUUCAACAAUUUUGGAGGCACGUUGCCCACAUCAAUAUCCAAUCUCUCAAUCAAUCUCCAAGGCCUUGCAAUUGGAGAAAACCACCUACAUGGAAGCAUCCCAACUGGAUUAGGGAAUCUUGUCAACCUGCAAGCACUCGGUAUGGAAGAAAACUCCUUCACAGGUAGCAUCCCCACAAACAUUGGGCAGCUUUCAGGGCUUGGGCGGUUGUUUCUUAACAACAACCAAUUAUCAGGGAGCAUUCCAUCUUCUCUUGGAAAUUUAACAUUGUUAACAGUUCUCCAAUUGCAGGAAAAUAUUCUAGAGGGUAGCAUCCCUUCCAGCCUAGGGAAAUGCCACUGGUUAAUCGAAUUGGUUCUUUCUGGAAACAAUCUGAAUGGCACGAUACCGCCCCAAGUUAUUGGCCUCUCAUCUUUAUCAACAAUUUUGGGAUUGGAUAGAAACCAAUUGACUGGUUCACUUCCCAUGGAAAUUGGAAAUUUGAAGAAUCUAGGUAGACUGGACGUUUCUAACAACUUGUUAUCAGGAGAACUUCCCAGUAGCCUCGGCAGUUGCCAGAGCUUAGAAAUCCUGAUCUUGCAGGGCAACUUCUUCUUGGGGGCCAUUCCUUCAUCUAUGAAGGACUUGAGAGGGAUUCGAUAUUUAGACCUUUCUCAAAACAAUUUGUCAGGAGAUAUUCCACAGUUUUUCGAGCGCUUUGGAAACUUGGAGAAUCUGAACCUAUCCUUCAAUCAAUUUUGGGGAGCAGUACCAACUGAGGGUAUUUUUAAGAAUGCAAGUGCUAUUUCAGUUGCAGGAAACACAAGACUCUGUGGCGGUAUUGCUAAUCUUCAACUUCCUGUGUGCAAGUCUAAUGAGUCUAAAGGAGAAGGAUUGUCUCGUAGAAUGAAAGUAGUGAUCUCUCUAGUUUUCGGGUUCAUUGUGUUGGGACUGGCUGUGGUGCUCGCUCUAUUCGUUUUUCUUUGUAAGAAAAGGGAAGAAACAGAAUUAAACACUUUUGGGAACUCUAUUUUGCAAGUUUCAUAUGCUACUCUUCUUAAAGCUACUGACGGGUUCUCUUCAGCUAAUUUGAUUGGUGUGGGUGCUUUUGGAUAUGUGUACAAAGGAAUUCUUGAAGAUGGUGUUAUUGUUGCUGUGAAGGUGUUCAACAUGUUGCAUCGGGGAGCUUCUAAGAGUUUCAUCUCUGAAUGUGAGGCCUUGAGAAACAUCAUGCAUCGAAAUCUGGUCAAGAUUCUAACUGCAUGCUCGAGCAUUGAUUUCAGUGGCAAUGACUUUAAGGCUCUUGUUUAUGAAUUCAUGGACAAUGGGAGCUUAGAUGAUUGGUUGCAUCCAUCCACUGGAAAUGAAGAGCUAACAGAAGCACCCAAAAGUUUAAGUCUUGUUCAGAGGCUUGACAUUGCCAUUGAUGUUGCUUCUGCAUUGGAUUAUCUUCACAACCACUGUGGAACCCCAAUAGUUCAUUGUGAUCUCAAGCCAAGUAACGUUCUUUUGGACAAAGAGUUGACUGGACAUGUUUCUGACUUUGGGCUAGCAAGGUUUCUCACAGAUUCAACCACGAGUGUUUCUGGAAAUCAAUCAAGCUCCAUUGGAAUUAGAGGAUCAGUUGGUUAUGCUGCUCCAGAGUAUGGUAUGGGAAGUGAGGUAUCCACAUACGGGGAUGUCUACAGCUUUGGCAUUCUUUUGUUAGAAAUGUUUACGGGGAAGAGACCCACUGAUCACAUGUUCAGUGACAGCUUGAAUCUUCAUAAUUAUGUGAAAACAUCUCUCCCUCAAGGUGUUUCCCAGAUUUCAGAAUCACUACUUCUUCAAGAAGGCACCACCAACGUCGCUGAAAGUUUCAUGGCCGAAUGUGAGGUACUGAGAAAUAUUAGACAUCGAAAUUUGGUCAAGAUCUUAACUGCAUGUUCAAGUAUUGAUUUUGGUGGCAAUGAUUUCAAGGCUCUUGUUUACGAGUUCAUGGACAACGGGAGCUUGGAAGAGUGGUUGCAUCCAUCUAUUGGAACCGGAGAGGUAACAGAAGCACCCAAAAUUUUAAGUCUUAAUCAGAGGCUCAACAUUGCCAUUGAUGUUGCUAGUGCAUUGGAUUAUCUUCACAACCAUUGUGAGACACCGAUCGUUCAUUGUGAUCUCAAGCCAAGUAAUGUUCUUCUGGAUGGUGACCUGACUGGACAUGUUUCCGACUUUGGGCUGUCAAAGUUUCUCUCAGAACCAACCACUAGUGUUUCUGGAAAUCAAUCAAGCUCCAUUGGAAUUAGAGGAUCGGUUGGUUAUGCUGCACCAGAGUAUGGUAUGGGAAGUGAGGUAUCCACAUACGGGGAUGUCUACAGCUUUGGCAUUCUCUUGUUAGAAAUGUUUACGGGGAAGCGACCCACUGAUUACAUGUUCAGUGACAGUUUGAAUCUUCAUAAUUAUGUGAAGACAGCUCUCCCUGAACUUGUUUCAGAGAUUUCAGAGUCACUAGUUCUUCAAGAAGGCACCACCAAUGUCGCUGAAGCUCACAAGCACAGCCGAUUAAGUGUGAGAGCACAGAAAAUUGAAGAGUGCUUGACUCUGAUACUUGGUAUAGGAAUUGCAUGUUCUGUUGAAUCCCCCACAAACAGAAAGGAUAUCAGUGAUGUUGCAUCUGAAUUGCAAUCCAUUAGGCGCAAUCUUCUCAGCUAGAACCUUUCAAAUUAUUAUGUCUUGUGAUGUCUAAUAAAUUGUUGUAUGGUUCUUGUAUUCUGAUCUGUUUUGUUUUUGAAUUGUCUCUGAAAUCCUGUUGCUACCA